AUGACUAACAAGGUGAAAGAAUGUCGCCGAGCACUGCAAAAGGAACGUGACAAAGAGUAUCUAGAAGCACUUGUCACUAUAGAGGAACAAUUGCGGUGUCAACAUGAAGUCAAAAUCAAAGAGAGAAUAGGCGACGAAUUAAGACGAUGGAUAUCUGAAUAUUAUGAAAGGACAAAUCGACUACCAGAAUUUCCUACCGAAGAAGGCGGUGGAAGUCGGGCUAUGUUUAGCAGGCAAGGGACUGGCGCUGAUAGCGACUUAAGCAAAUCUUCUCCGGUGUCUUCAAAAGAGUCUAAAAAAAGUAAGGAGAGCAAGGACAAAAAAAGCAUCAAAACUGAGGAUAACAAAAGUAAAGAUGAAAUGGACGAUUUACAAAAUUAUAGAUGUUCGAAUUCGGCAUUCUUGCAAGAUAUUAUAAAUGCUAACGAAGAAUUUGAAGAUAUGUGGAAAUUUAAGGAUGACUAUGAUGAUAAUCAGGAACGAUACUAUAAAGAUAUAGUUGAGAGAGAAAAAAUGGUAAAGAUAGAACAAGAAAUAAGAAAUGUUGUGGAUGAAAUGAUGCGAAACGAACUUGAAUUGUUGCAAGCUGCUUUCGAUAAAGAUAGAUCACAUAAGGGAAAGAAGGCUAAGAAACCUCAAAAAAAAGUUCGUCGGGGCGGCAAAAAGAGUAAGAAGAAAAAAGAAAAGGAUUUAACUCCCGAUAGGACAACUGAAUCACUGUUCGAAGAGCUUGUAGCUAAUGGUAUAAUACGACCUUACCCUUUAAGGAAGAUUGAUGACUAUAUAGGAGAGAAAAGUUUCGUUGGGUGUGAAUGGAGAAGUCAAGGCCGCGAUCCAGCACCAUGCUUGGGUACUCUGCUAUCGGCGUUAGACGAUGUUCUCACUACCAAAAGGCGUCUGCAGUUAAGAGUUCGGGCUCUCACAGCCCACGAAAUCGCGGUGCAACUGAGUUUUAGGGAGCCAGUUUACGCCGAACAUGACGCUGCGGCAGAAAUGUGGUGGUUCAAGACACCACUAGAGAGGCGGCGGCAGAAAGUGCUACAAAGGAUCGAGGAGUUGCAACAAGAAAAUGAGGAAAGGGCUGCUACUGGAAAA